UAUCCACGCAAGAUACAUCUCGUUUCUGCAUGCUUCGCACUUUUAUGUGCGCAGUUCGUGUCUCUCUUUUUCAUCCGUUUCUAUCUCUCCUACAGCCGUGUGCAUUCAGUAAUCCGGGUCGUCCAUGAUUUUCCCAGUUCUCCACUAAUGCCCCAAAGCUGCAGCUGCCACACCGGCCGGCCACGGAGCGCCGCACGCUGCCAGCGUUGAUCAAUAAUUCACCAGCUCGACGCCUCCCCGACCCGGGUCGACUGAGGUUACGACCGAUAUUUACUCACUGUUAGUAAAAUAGCGGACUGAACGUGUUACUCUCGCGUGUUUUAAAAUGCAUCAGUGAGGAUUCGCCAACGCGCGAGAUCGUUUUGGCAGGUCCCCGCGGCGCGUCAACGGAUAGAUUGUCGCAAUGUGCGGUGAGUGAUCGCGGCGGAGUUUGAAGACGCCUCUCGUUUCAUCUGUCUGACACUCAAGAGGUGUGUUACGAGAGGGACGGGGGUCCCGUAAUGGACAACCACGGGAUUAAAAGAGCGUGAUGUGUUUGCGAGCAGUAAAGGACAUAAAGAAAUAACUCACUGUCGCUCGCUGUUUUAUCCAGAACGUCUUCGUUGCGCACUAGCGGCGGUUGAAUUUUAACUGCGCUUGUCAGUUCCCUGGUCGGCACUGUUUUGCGAGUCUUUCUUGUGACAAGGCCGAAGAAACCGUUGGGGAGUAUUUUUUUUAGAUAAGUUUAGUAACCGGACAAUUCAAAGUUUACAAGCAGCAGCCGGAUAAUCCUUCAGUCGUUCCGUAUAAAAGGUUUACUUUUACAGACGAAGCAAAGUGGGAAACAGCGCGACUUGUUGCGUUCUUUUUUCGCUUCCGGUAUCACCGCAGAAACCGACGGGUGCACCCGUUCCCUCUCUGUUUUUUUGGACGCCGAGGCUUUUAAAGAAAAAUGGGUCUUUGAGGAGAGCUGGCAAAUUCCCCUGAACUACAAUGGCCACAGAACCGUAUCUGGUGCAUGAAGGUCCCCACCGGGCCCCGGGCAUCUCCGAGUGCUUCCUUGUGCCUGAAUCCUACAGGGAUGAAUUCCAUCCCUUCAUCGAGGCUCUACUCCCGCACGUGCGGGCGUUUUCCUACACCUGGUUCAACCUGCAGGCCCGUAAGCGCAAGUACUUCAAAAAGCACGAGAAGCGCAUGUCCAAGGACGAGGAGCGCGCCGUCAAAGACGAACUCCUGGGCGAGAAGCCCGAGAUCAAGCAGAAGUGGGCGUCGCGGCUGCUGGCCAAGCUGCGCAAAGACAUCCGGCCGGAGUUCCGCGAAGACUUCGUGCUCACCAUCACGGGGAAGAAGCCGCCGUGCUGCGUGCUGUCCAACCCCGACCAGAAGGGCAAGAUCCGCCGGAUCGACUGCCUGCGGCAGGCGGACAAGGUCUGGCGACUGGACCUGGUGAUGGUGAUCCUGUUCAAGGGAAGCCCGCUGGAGAGCACGGACGGAGAGAGACUGAUCAAAUCCCCGCAGUGCUCGAACCACACCCUGUGCGUCCAGCCGCACCACAUCGGAGUGUCCGUCAAAGAGCUGGACCUGUACCUGGCCUACUUCAUCCAUAUGCCAGAAUCCGGGCAAUCGGACAAUUCCAGUCAGCAAGGCGACACAGACAUCAAACCUCCGCCAAACGGACAUCUGAGUUUUCAGGACUGCUUCGUGACUUCUGGGGUUUGGAACGUAGCCGAGCUUGUACGAGUGUCUCAGACACCAGUAGCAACAGCAUCAGGUCCCAAUUUCUCUCUCGCCGAUCUGGAAAGUCCUGGUUACUACAACAUCAACCAGGUAGCGCUCGGCAGACGUUCACUCACCUCUCCUCCAUCCACAAGGUCUGAGGUGGAGCUGUACGCCAGUCUUCCUCGCAGUUCUAACAAGCGUAAGUCUAUAGAUGACAGUGAAAUGGAGAGUCCGGUCGAUGACGUCUUUUACUCCAGUCGUUCUCCAGCUGGCACCAGCUCCCAGUCCAGUGGCUGGCCGAAUGACGUGGAUGCAGUUGCAGUUCAGCACCAUUUGACGAAUGUUCAGGAGAGGAAGAUAAAACAUGAGAAUGAUGGCGUGCAGUUCUCAUAUCAUGGGUUGUCCUCUCCUGGGUCUCUAAAGAAGCCAGCGGGAAAAUUCGAUUUCAGCGCCCUGUCCGCGCAGACGAGGUCCCCCCGAAUGGCCUUCACACACCACCCGCUGCCCAUGCUAGCAGGCGUGAGACCAGGAAGUCCUCGUGCCUCAGCCUCUGCCCUUCAUUUUCCUGCUCCCUCCAUCAUCCAGCAGUCCAGUCCAUAUUUCACCCACCCCACCAUCCGCUACCAUCACCAUCAGGACCCACUCAAAGAGUUUGUCCAGUUCGUCUGCGCUGACGGCUCGGGCCAGCCGGGUUCACAGCCUAACGGGAGCGGUCAGAACAAACUGCCCGGCUCCUUCUUACUGCCACCUCCUCCAGUAGCACGGCCGGUGCCGAUGCCCCUUUCCUUGCCCGAGCUCAAACCUGGCCACACACACCCUGAGAGCGGGAUCGGCUCUCCGGCCUCGCCGUCAGCAUACCCAGCGUCAGGCUCCACAGCUUCCAACAGGUUUGUCGGCAUCGGAACACGGGGGGACAACUUUCUGAACAUCCCACAGCAGACUCAGUCAUGGUUCCUUUGACAAGACUUUUCGUGAAACACAAACACAAAAUCCCCAAUGAAAACUGGAAAAGGAGUCACAAAGCUAAGUUUCUCACACGCCCCUCAGACGUCUCGCACACAAACACAUGCGCAGAUACUCAAUUCCCGAAAACUCCAGAACGAGGAUUUCGAAGACUUCAGCAUUGACGACGGAUGACCCGACGGAAGAGACCAUCCGAAUGAACGACUUUCAUUGAUGAUGCCAGAGCAAACAAUGCGUUGACAAACCCCCUUACAUUCACCACCCAUAUGACCCAUGGUGAGAAAACCCUGUGCAAACUAAUCUGGAAAGACACAUUCAACUGAAAUUAUUGAAGGUGACAUGAAAUGUAACCUGGAUAUGUUAAUCAUGGACUUUAUUGAUAUGUAAACGCCCGGGGUCACGCCUGUGAUUGGAUAGGCAGGACUUAACAGGACCCUUCUGAUUGGCUAACCCCAACCCUUCCAGUCUGGAUUUGCUGAUAUUGGCGACGCCUUCCAGUGCAGCGUGGGCUCAGCAUCCUCUCCGUUUCUUGUUGACAAGCAAUAGACUGCACAUAAAAUGACAUGCAACACUAACCAUGUGCAAUUCACGUAAACAUAUGCACUAUUGAUAUGAUCAAUGACCUGUUCCUGAGGUUAACGCUUCGCUUUGAUAACCAGACUGACUACACACACACACACAGUCUCUUCAUGGCUUAAACAUGCAAGCACACAUUAAUGACAGCACACAUGAGAGACAUCGUCACAGAGAACCUGGCUGCUGGUCUUAUAACAGUAACACUGAUAAACAACAUUUUCUUCAUCUGGAUUUGUGUCUUGCUUUUCAACAACAUCAAAAAUGAACUUAAAAAAAAAUGGAGUACAACCUUAUUGAUGGUUUAUUCAUCAAAAGCAAGCCGCAUUAUCACAGUUUUGCUUGUCAUGAAAAUGUCUGAUGUUUAUAGUUUAGGAAAGCAAGACGGUAAUACAGAUGCAGAAAAUGCUGUGAAUGGGAAGGGUCGAGCACAAGUGAUGGACUUAAUGUCCAGUUUUGGACUAUUUGGAUAAUAAUUUCAUUAUUAGUGUUUAUGAAAGGCCUGUAUUUAUGAACCAAUGAGGGCUUAAGCACAUUAUUCAAUCUGAGCGCUUGUGCAUCCACAUAUACAGUAUAGGCCCUGCACACAAGGGCAUCUUCUUCUGUUUUUGCCGUAGGUUUGGUUUUGCCGUACAUUUUUGGUUGAAACUCACAAGUCCUGUCAUGUUAGGUUUUAUUUCACCCCAGAUUAAAAUAAAACUAGAUUUGUCAUAAAGAAAAUUAAUUUUUGGUUUAGGUCCAUUUAAAAUGUUUUUGCAUUGUGAUAUUUUAAUGACAACAUAUUCUCUUCUCACUUACGAUUUCCGUUGUGUUCGUACAGUAUUCCUGUAGCUCAAUUGGUAGAGCGUUAGGGGGGGACAUACUUUCUGAAAAAAUAUACAUCUUGAAAGUUAAUUUAGAUAAAAGCAUCUGCCAAAUUAAUAAAUGUAAAAUUGUUAAAAAAGAAAAUGAUUGAGUUUUCGGAAAUAAUAAAACUCUUUCCCCGCCAGUGUUUUUAGAAAAGUUGCCAGAUAGUGGCAGCAUUUUUUAUGAUUUUCACAAAAGUUUAAUGCCUUCCAGAAAAUGUUCUUCUUUAAAGGUGCAGUGUGUUAUUUUUAGGAAGAUCUCUUGAAAGAAAUGCAAAAUAAUAUACAUAACUAUAUUAUCAGGGGUGUAUAAGGACCUUUUUAUAAUGAACCGUUAUGUUUUUAUUACCUUAGAAUGAGACGUUAUUAUCUACAUACAUGAUGGUCCCAUUACGUGGAAGUCGCCAUUUUGUGCCGCCAUGUUUCUACAGAAGCCCUUUACGGACAAACUUUUUUACUUGAUUGUCUCCGACGAUGACUUGUUUUUUUGGUGGCGGCUACCGUAGCUUGUCUAAGCGUUUUAAAAGUAAGGGGUGAGCAGUGGACUUGAGCCAUUGGUUGCAAUUCGCAACCUCACCACUAGAUGCCGCUAAAAUUUACACACUGCACCUUUAAAUAUAUAAACAUGCUUUAAAAAAACAUUUAAUCCUACCUUUAUGUGUUCUCUUUUUUAUCACCUCUCAAAUAUGGGUAGGUUUCUUAAAAAAUACCUAAUUUUGAGCAAAAAUCUGAGAUAAUUCCAUUUUUGUAAA